UAUGAAAAUUUUCCUUUACAAAGUCAUUGGGUAGAACAAGUGUCAAACAAGUAGAAGCUUCAAAAUCUCAUCUGAGCGUCACAUGUUCCCAUAAUCACGCCAACAAAUUCCAACCAAAGAAAUACUCAAAAACAAAAACCCCUUUUUUCCUUUUCUCUCUGUACAGAUGAACUCAUUUUUGUGCUAAAUCAAUGAAGAUUUAUAGGUCCUCUUGUACAAGUUCUGGUGGCUGAAGUUGCGUAAUCGGCUGUGGCUUCCAUCAUCUAGCAAUGGAUUUUUCAUUUUUCGGUAAUUUCCCGUGGUUCAAACCCCAUUCUGCAAAUGAUAUGGCAUCAACAGUUGCAUCUACUAGCACCCUAAUGCAAACACCUAAACAAAAUGCUCAGUUUUGGAAAUGGACUGUGUUUUCAUUUCUUCCUUGGGCUAAAGUAGCCGAGGGUAAUAUUCAAAUGCCAACAACUGUCAACAAGAAACUGAAACGACGUCCGUCUCGUGAAGGUGUAGACUCUCUAGCUCGAAAGUCAGCCAUACGCUUCAGACCAUAUGUUUCUAAAGUUCCAUGGCAUACAGGUCCACGAGCUUUUCUUUCUCAACUUUUCCCUCGAUAUGGUCAUUACUGUGGACCAAACUGGUCAAGUGGAAAAGAUGGAGGGUCACCAAUUUGGGACAGAAGACCGAUUGAUUGGUUGGAUUUUUGCUGCUAUUGUCACGACAUGGGCUACGAUUCUCAUGAUCAGGCUGAACUUCUCAAAGCAGACCUUGCAUUCCUCGAGUGCUUGGAGAAGCCAAACAUGAGUACGCGAGGAGAUCCUCAUGUAGCUCUACUUUACAAGACUAUGUGCACAUCAGGCCUUAGGAACAUAUUGAUACCUUACAGACAACAACUCAUUACCUUACAAUCUAAGCAACUGUGUUUUGGAUUUGGAUGGCUCGGCGGUAUCAUGGAACCUGCAAAAUGCUUGAAAGAUCGUUUCGUAUGGUUACAGAAGUAGGUAUGUGAACAAUUCCCGCGCUUUCGUUAUGGUGCAGAACAAGACAUUUCUGGCAAGUCUAUUUCCAUAAUGUCUUAAGAUAAGAUAGAUGUAUAUAUGAUAUUGGAAAUGAAUGGAACUGUAGAACUCCAUUAUGGUAUAACUAGUUGUGCAGUUAUUCCACUGUUUGUAUAUUAUUAUCAGUAAACUUUGGAUCAAGUGUAAAUUAUUUGCUAUUUUAUAGUUUACAAUGUUUGGAUCCA